AUGGUGGUGUCAUUGGGUUUAGGGAAGAGUAUACGAAAGGAGAGGAAGAGUUUGAGUCAUGAUCUUCUUGGGGAAGAUGGCGUCUUUGGUCUAUCGCAUUCGUAUGGUGGGACACUUGCUACUUCCUCGUUUGUAGCGUCAUCGAUUGAUUCACAGACACUUCUCAUUCCAAGGGGCACCGCAACCGAACAAUACCAUCAUAGCAACCUUAACUGUUCCGAUCAUCGGCGCAGUCACUCCCAGUCAAAUCAAUCUCUCAACUCUUAUCCAAUUUCUGCUUUCACUUUUUGUCAUGGAGAAAUGAACUCGGGUUGCACUGCGUCUGCGUGUAAUUAA